AUGAUGAAAGCUGGGGCUGAUUUGCAAUUUCCACCAGGAUUUAGAUUUCAUCCAACGGACGAGGAACUCGUCCUCAUGUAUCUAUGCCGUAAAUGCGCGUCGCAGCCGAUCCCUGCUCCGAUCAUCACCGAGCUCGAUUUGUACCGAUACGAUCCUUGGGACCUUCCCGACAUGGCCUUGUACGGAGAGAAGGAAUGGUAUUUUUUCUCACCAAGGGAUCGAAAAUACCCAAACGGUUCAAGACCGAACCGGGCAGCUGGUACUGGUUAUUGGAAAGCUACAGGUGCUGAUAAACCGAUUGGUCGUCCUAAACCGGUUGGUAUUAAGAAGGCUCUAGUGUUUUACUCCGGAAAACCUCCUAUAGGAGAGAAAACCAAUUGGAUUAUGCACGAAUACCGGUUAGCUGACGUUGACCGAUCGGUUCGGAAGAAAAACAGUCUAAGGCUAGACGAUUGGGUAUUGUGUCGUAUAUAUAACAAGAAAGGUGUCAUCGAGAAGCGAAAGAUCGAGAUCGAACAUGAUGUGAAACCGAUGAAUGACACGUGUCAAGUAAUGGCUCCGGAAUCUGCGGCUAGAUUGAUCGGCGGCUCGAGCUGCUCGGACCAAAUGAUGUCACCGGAAUUCACGUGCGAGGCUGAGAGCGAGCCGAUGAGGUGGAGCAACGGUCGGUUGACUAAUAAUACCCUCAAUUUUCCGUUUAAUUACGUAGAUGCCAUCACCGAUAACGAGAUUGUGUCGCGGCUUUUGGGCGGGAAUCAGAUGUGGUCGACGUCGUUGGAUCCACUCGUGGUGGUUAAGCAGGGAACUUUCUGA